GUCACCCGCCGCGUCAGGAACAGGUCUGGGGAAAGGUGCGCGCUGGGCUGGGAAACCGCCGCCGCGGCUCCCGGCGACCGCGGGGUGCGGUGAUGAGCUCCCAGAAAGGCAACGUGGCUCGUUCCCGGCCCCAGAGGCACCAGAAUACCUUCGGCUUCAAGAACGACAGGUUUGAUAAGAGCGUUCUGACCAAGAAAAUUAACGCAAAACUUCAUGACGGAGUGUGUCAGCACUGUAAAGAAGUUCUUGAAUGGCGUGUCAAGUACAGCAAAUACAAACCGCUAUCAAAGCCUAAAAAAUGUGUUAAAUGUUUACAGAAGACUGUGAAGGAUUCUUACCACAUCAUUUGUAGACCUUGUGCUUGUCAGCUGGAAGUUUGCGCCAAGUGUGGAAAGAAAGAAGACAUUGUUAUUCCGUUUAAUAAAGAACCAGGAAAGACAGAAAAUGGUGAAAAUGAUCAAAGUUCUCAUAGAAGGUGCAAAAGAAAUGAAGAAAAUGAUGAUGAUUCAGAUUUUGCUGGAGACUUAGGUGAUCUGGAUGCCGUGGACUAAUGUAACCACCAACCCGCUAGUAAUUUUGAGGGUUUCAACAAAAAUACCUCAAAGUCCUAAUGAGAAAAGAGGGCUAAAACUAUAGAAAUAGGCAAAAUUUAUAUAUCAAUGAUAUCAAUUGUGUAUAUAAUGUUUGAAUAAUCAAGAAACUGUCAUCCAGAGUUUUCUUGCAGUAAAUACUAAAAUGUUGGCCAAAAUGAAUGUUGGAUGCAUAUAAGUGCAUAUUACUUAGAAUUAUGUACUAUCUAAUAUCAAGCCAAAUGAUUCAGAAUUGUUUAUAGCAGAACUGUUUUAGAAAAUAAGAUGACAUUUGAUAGCUAGUUUUACAAUUAAUCAUGGUAAGUGCCUUUUGAUAGGUCAAUCUCAUAUUAGUGUGAUUUUUUUAUAGAGAAACCUCUCCCUUAUGUAAACUUACUUAUUACAAAGCAAAAAAUAAUUUUAAUAAUGUUUAGCAAAUAUCUAACAACUGAUCUUUGAAUGUAUCUCUGUAUUCCUCUCUGCAGUUUUACCUUUUGCCUCUUGUGAAAUAUCCACUCAGAAAAAUCAAGAACCCUGAAAAUGAAUAUAUUUAUAUACAUUUGUGUAUACAUGCACACGCUCGCGUGCACGCACACACACACACGCACACACACACACACACACACACACACACACACCAGUCAGAAGCUUCCAGUAUCAGAAAUUUCCCUACAAGUCUCUUCCUUCCCACAAGCUCACCCUUCUUCUCAGAGGCGACAUCAUCCUGAAUUUUGAUGAUUAUUUUCUGUAUCAUCUUACUACCCUUAUUUGUACUUCUCAACAAUAUCAGAUAGUUUUCUCUGAUUAUUCUUUCUUGUCUUUGUUUUGGAAAACCUGAGAACUACAGAAAAGUAUCAAAACUGUACAGUGAACCUUUGGAUUCUCUUUGCUUGGAUCCCAGUUGUUGGCAUUUUAAUUUGUUUUCUUUCUAUCAACCAUUUGAAAAGAAGUCAAGCUAGGGUUCUAAAUUUUAAAUUUUAAAUAAACAUUUAAACUGUGCAUGUUAUUUUGUAUCUUUUCUUUUUUUUUCAUUGUUAUAAAAUUUGAAAGUGAUCCAUGCCAGAGAAGCUGAAAUUCAUUCAAUUUUACAUUAUUGUAUGUUGUCCUCUGUAUUUUCAUAGAUACUUUGAUAAUACAGUCCAAUGCUGCUACAUUUGAAUUUUGAUUUUUUCCUGUUUCAAACAAUAUUGGUAAGAGCAAGUUUAUGUGAGUUUUUUGGUACAUAUAUGCAUUUCUGUAGGAAUGUACACUACCAGGAGUAGAGGGAAUCAGGUAUAUAUUCAUCUUCACUCUUACUAUAUAAUAUAUAAUUUUUUUCCCAAAGGAACUAUUAACACUUUCUAUAGCAACAUAAAGAGUUACAGUGUUCUGUAUCCUUUCUAAUACAUAGAAUUUUAAAAUUACAUUAAUUUAAUAUGUAAACAGCAGUAUUUCCUUGCCUUAUGAAUUUAUAUUUCUAUAACUAUUAAUUAACUUUGUCUUCUUUCCAUUUUACUAUUUGGCUUUGGUAAUACAUAAUACUAAGACAUAACUUUUGCUGUUUUUAAUAGUGUUAUUUUUAGAAACACAUACUGAAAAUAUUUAAGAGCUUAGUGUCAGUUUUCAUUAAAAUAUUUGAGCAUGUAAAAGUAAACAACAUUUCAGACCCAUCAAAAAAUGCUAGCUAGUAUUAAAUUUUUAAAAAGUAUUCAAGAAUUCUGCCAUUAUAAAACAUAUAAAAUCUUGUGACACUAAGAAAAUUGGAGACAAAAAUAGAGAGGAAUCAUGUUCAUAAUGCAGAGAUCUCAGUAUUUAAGCCUCUAGUCUUCAUUUCUCUCCCAUUAACUUACGCGAUUUCUGUAUUUGUAUACAAACUUACUUUUACAUAUCCAUUGUCUGUACUUUGUAUGUAAGUUUCACUUUUAUGAUUAAAGAACCAAAAUUAUUAUUA